AUGAUCAGUAUCGGCGGCACCAUCGGCACUGGGCUGUUUGUUGGCAGUGGCUCCUCGUUGGGGCAGGCCGGACCAGCAGGCGCUCUGGUGGCGUACAUGAUCUGUGCGAUGAUGGUCCUGGCGGUCCUGCAGUCGCUUGCGGAGCUGGCGACGUAUAUGCCUGUGUCAGGAUCGUUUACAACGUACGGCACCCGCUUCAUUACGGUGGUUGCCGCGGAUCUGGUGGCAGCAUCAAUUCUGGUGCAGUUCUGGGUCCCAGAUGUCACGGGCAUAUGGGCAUCGUUCAUCCUGCUCAUAUGCAUGGUUCUGAUUAAUUCGUUUGGUGCGAGCUCGUUUGGUGAGGGCGAGUUCUACAUGGCGCUAAUCAAAGUGGUUGCUGUGGUUGCAUUUGUAAUUGUCGGGAUCAUCGUCGCAGCAGGCGGCGUUGGUGGGCGCACGUACGGGUUCGACAACUGGACGAUCGAUGGCGCGCCGUUCCACAACGGAUUUGGUGGACUGCUGAGCUGCUUCAUUGUCGCCGGCUUCAGCUUCCAAGGUACCGAGAUGAUUGGUGUGACGGCAGGCGAAUCCAAGAACCCCCGCAGAGACGUGCCGAGAGCCAUUCGGUCGGCAUUCUGGCGUGUGCUGCUGUUUUACAUUGCCACAAUCUUCAUUAUCGGGCUGAUUGUGCCAUGGAGCGAUGAGCGCCUGAUGUCUUCAGGUGCCGAGGAUGUUGCCCAAUCUCCUUUCGUCAUUAUGUUCCAAGAGGCAGGGAUCACUUGGGGUGCGCAUCUGCUGAAUGCAGUGAUCUUGACGGCAGUUCUGUCGGCCGGGAACUCUGGGCUGUACCUCACCACGCGCACGCUGUACACGCUGUCCAAGGACCGCAUGGCACCCAAGAUCUUCUCCAAGACGCUGAAGAACGGCACGCCCUGGGUCGCCUUGGGCUUCAACACGGUGGUGUCACUGAUUCUGUUUGGCAUCUCCUUCAUCGGCGACAGGGUGAUCUACCAGUGGCUGGUGAACCUGAGCGGCAUCAGCGGAUUCAUGGCGUGGGCAGGAAUCUCGCUCGAGCACUGGCGGUUCCGGCGCGCAUACGUGCGCCAGGGCUACAGGGUCAGCGACCUGCCGUACAAGUCGCUGUGGUUCCCCAUGUGCCCCAUCUUUGCCGGCGUCCUUUUGUUCAUUGUGAUCCUCGGCCAGGGCUACCCGGCGUUCCAGAGCGGCUUCGACAAGAACCUGUUCUUCUCGACGUACAUCGGCCUGCCCGCGUUUGCCAUCGUGUACGGGGUGUGGAAGCUGAUGAAGAAGACAAAGUGGGUCAAGAUGGACGAGAUUGACCUGGUCACGGACUCGUGGAUUGCACAGGGUCUCGACCACACCCAGGACGAUGAGGACGAUGAAGACGUGGAUGGCAAGGCGCCGUGGUACAAGUUCUGGAAGGGAUGGAAGUUCCCGGUUGUCGGCCGUCGCAACAAGGACUAG